AUGAGUGAGGCCUUUGAUUGUGAGAACUGUAAGGAGUCUCUGUACGGGCGGAAGUACAUUCAGGUGGAUGACAGUCCACACUGUAUCCCCUGUUAUGACCGCCUGUAUGCCAAUACCUGCCAGAAGUGCAAGGAACUCAUUGGACACAACUGCAAGGAGCUGUACUAUGAAGACAGACACUACCAUGAACACUGCUUCCUCUGUAUGCGCUGCGAACGCUCAUUAGCUGAGGAACCUUUCACCUGCCAAGGAGAAGCCCUACUGUGCAAUGACUGUUACUGCAAUGAGUUCUCCUCACAGUGCGUGGCCUGCAAAAAGACCGUCAUGCCAGGUUCACGGAAGCUGGAGUAUGGGGGCUCCUCGUGGCACGAGGAAUGUUUUGUGUGUGGUGCCUGUGAGAAGCCGAUUGGCUCUCAGGCUUUUAUCCCUGAUAAGAAUGACUAUUACUGUGUGCCGUGCUAUGAGAGCAGGUUUGCCCCGCGCUGUAGUCAUUGUAAAAAGAUUCUGGUCAAGGGCGGCGUGACAUACAGAGAUGAGCCUUGGCAUAAGGAGUGUUUUGUGUGCACGGGGUGUAAAACCCAACUGGCAGGCCAGGCCUUCACCUCACAGGGAGAAGAUCCUUACUGUGUCAAAUGCUUCAGCAACAUUUAUGCACAGAAGUGCUCAGCCUGCAACAAGCCCAUUACAGGGUUUGGUGAGGGGAAGUACAUCUCCUUUGAGAAUCGGCAGUGGCACCAACCCUGCUUCAAAUGUGCUCAGUGCUCGGUCUCUCUCGUCGGGGCUGGCUUCUUCCCGGAAGGGGACAAGAUAGUGUGCAAAGACUGCUUCAGCAACUAA